UAUAAUGUUUUAAUCAAAUGAAGGUGGAAAUCAUCAUAAAAUAAAAGUGUAUCGUUUCAUAUCAAUUAUCGUGUCAGAAUCUUGUGUAUCCCUGUAUAUACUGCGUAUGCGAUGUUAUAAUAUUGCAUCAUUUUACAGCUACGAAAUGGGAUUUUAAAUGAUUAUCUGCGUAGAAUGUGUUCGUUGUUCUCACAUUAGCAUGUCUUGUUGUUUUGUGUUGCAGUUUCCCAAAACUCUAAGGGAUGGAGUGGCUCGUCAUCUCUCUGCUAAUACUGGUUGUUUCUACCGCCGGACAUCUCUGUCCCAAGCGCUGCAUGUGCCAAAACCUGUCGCCGUCGCUUGCUAUUCUUUGUGCCAAGACAGGCCUGCUCUUUGUACCCGCAGUUAUUGAUCGCCGGACAGUAGAACUUCGUCUUACUGAGAAUUUCAUCACGGCAGUAAGGAGGAGGGACUUCACCAACAUGACGAGUCUCCUUCACCUGACGCUGUCGCGCAACACCAUCAGCCAGAUCAUGCCUUACACCUUUGCUGACCUCAAACGGCUGCGAGCGCUGCAUCUGGACAGCAACCGCCUCAGUGUGGUCACCGAUGACCACUUCCAGGGUCUGACCAACUUAAGGCACCUCAUUUUAGCCAACAACCAGCUCCAUAACAUUUCUCCACAUGCUUUUGAUGACUUCCUGGGGACUCUCGAAGACCUGGAUCUGUCUUACAAUAACCUGAUGGACAUUCCUUGGGAGACCAUUGGGAGGCUCACCAAUGUAAACACACUUAAUAUGGACCAUAACCUUAUCGAGCAUGUCCCUUUAGGAGUGUUUUCUAACCUGCACAAGCUAGCACGUUUAGAUAUGACAUCCAAUAAACUGAAAAAAAUUCCUCCUGAUCCUUUGUUUCUUAGGAUCCCAGUUUAUGCCAAGUCCAAGGGGUCUCCACUGACCUCGCUUGUUCUUAGCUUUGGAGGAAACCCACUCCACUGUAAUUGUGAGCUCCUCUGGUUAAGACGGCUUACGAGAGAAGAUGACCUGGAAACGUGUGCCACGCCUAGCGAUCUUACCGCUAAAUACUUCUGGACAAUUCCUGAAGAAGAGUUCAUCUGUGAGCCACCUGUUAUUACAAGGAGGUCCUUCAAGACAUUUGCUAUGGAGGGUCAGCCAGCUAGCUUAAAAUGUAAAGCCAACGGUGACCCGGACCCAGAAGUCCACUGGAUUUCUCCCGAAGGUCGUCUGAUCUCGAACACUUCCCGCACUCUCACCUUUAGCAAUGGCAGCCUGGAAAUAAACAUCACCUCCCUGAAAGAUAUGGGAGUAUUCACUUGUAUUGCCUCCAAUGCUGCUGGUGAGUCCACAGGCACUGUGGAACUUGUGGUCACUCCACUUCCUCACCUGGCCAAUAGCACUAAUCGUGUCCAGGAACCUGAUCCAGGACCAUCUGAUAUCUUGACAUCUGCCAAGUCCAGCUCUUCCUAUAGCAACGAUACAAGGACGCAAGAUAAGACAACAGUACUGGCUGAGCUCACUGCAAACUCGGCUCUCAUUAGAUGGCCUUCACAGCAGCAUUUCCCAAGUAUCAGGAUGUUCCAGAUACAGUACAACAGCUCAGUAGAUGACACCUUGGUCUACAGGAUGAUCCCAUCUACAAAUCAGGACUUUCUGGUGAGAGAUCUGGCAUCUGGGCGUGAGUACGACCUGUGCGUGCUGGCUGUGUAUGAGGAUGGCAUAACUUCGCUGACUGCCACACGGCAGGUGGGCUGCGUCUCAUUCAUCACACAUGCCGAGUUCACCCAGUGCCAUGUGUUGCGCAGCCACUUCUUGGGCGGCACCAUAAUCAUCAUCAUCGGUGGCAUCAUCGUGGCAUCUGUGCUGGUCUUCAUCAUCAUCCUUAUGAUUCGCUACAAAGUCUACAGCCAGCAGGGGCCCAAGCCCGGGAUAGAACUAGCCAAGAGCAAGGUCCGUUCACAAAGCAAUGGAGGAGGACAGGUUCCUGGGCAAAUGCCAUGCUCAGGCUCCAAAGUCAUGGAGGGGCAGGAGGAUCAAGGAUCAGGGUUUGGUGGAGGCGCAAGGGUGACAACUUCUUCUCUCAAAGACUGCAUUACCAUGGCUUUAGUCAUGGAUUGUGAGAAGGGAAUGCAGAACUCUGAAGCAAGCAGUGAGGGAAAUGUUUUACCCUUACAAAAACGCCUCUCCAGGACUUGCCUAGAGCAAAAAGGUCAACCUUCGCUGUCCACCAUUGAUGGGACCGCAACUGUCGAAGCAAACACCACAGGACAGCAGGUCAGUGAUGACCUAGGUCAGACGUUGCCAGAUUGGGGCAAUUUAAAAAUUUGAUGAACUCUGCUGCUGUCCAACAAGAGGCAGCCGCCAACCCUGACAAAUCUCUCGAGAUGACCUGAAAUCAGGGAAAACUUAAUGAC